AUGUCAAGCUCUGCCUACAGAGAGCAGCAACUUGCGACGAUUCGCCGCCUUGCUGCUGCCUAUGUAGAUAGACAAUUCUAUAGGGUACUUGGCAUACCUCCCAGCAGCAGCAGCAGCAACAGCAGCAGCAGCAACAGCAGCAGCAGCAGCAGCAAGGAGGAGGAGGACGCCGACGCUAUAUUAACAAAGGAAAACAAAAGAAAAGCAAUUGAAUUUAUGUUAGCAGGAAUACUUAAUCAUACCUACGGAACAGUUGAUGGUGCUGCUGUGCUGUCUGAGCUGCAGCAGCUGCAGCAGCAGCUGCAGGUGCAGCAGAAGCCUCUAGCAGCAGCAGCGCUGCAUGCAGCAUGGACCUCCUUCAUUAACAGCAGCAGCAGCAGCAGCAGCAACGACAGCAGCAGCAGCAGCAGCAGCGUACAGCAACUAGAUGAGCGCUGCGCGCCGCUGCUGCUGCUGCUGCUGCUGUCUAGGGGACAUCUGGUGGGCAAUGGAGAUACACCCGAGAGAUUGCUGCUGCUGCAGCACAACAACCAGGUGUCUCGAAAGGCUGCAGCAGCAGAGGAGAAGAGAAGACAAGAAGCAGCAGCAAGAGCAGAGCUGCUGCAGUUAAUGCAGCAGCAAGAUGCCCAGUAUAGAGAAUCCAUCCGUAGCAGCAGCAGCAGCAGGAGCAGCAGCAGGAGCAGCAGCAACAGCAGCAACAGGAGCCUCGAAGAGGAUGCAGCAGCAGCAGCAGCAGCAACGGAGCAGCAGCAAACGGAGGGUUUGCUGCAACUGUCUGGUGUCUUUAUAGGAGAUAAACAAGACCAGCAACAGCAGCAGCAGCAGCAGCAGCAGCUGCAGCAGCCACCGCAGCAGCAGCUCGUGCUCGCACUGCAGCAGCAGCAGCAGCUAGUCAAACGUCUUCAACCACGACGCCUCCAAAGGAUGGGGGUUCUGCAGCAGCAGGAGCAGCAGCUGCAGCAGGAGGAGCAGCAGCAGCAAGAGCAGCAAGAACAGGCCUUGGAUGUACGAUUGAUGCCAUGCGGAGAUAACAGCAGCACACAUGCAGCAGCAGCAGCAGCAACAGCAGCAGCAGCAGCAGCAGCAGAAGGCCGUGUUGCUGUGCCAUUCCGUGUGACGAGCUGUCUAUUAGAAAGCAACAGACAAGACCAAACCGUUGUCAGUGAGGCGUGGGUAGUAGAGCGUCUUUUGGCUGCCUUAGGGGGAGGCGAUGGCAGCCCUUUGCUGCAGCGCGUGCUGCCGCGCAGCAGCAGCAGCAGCAGCAGCAGCAGCAGGUGGGAGCAGGCGCCUGUGGUGUUAGAGGUCAACCCUUCUCUGCGGCUGCUGCACCUGUCUGCUGCUGCGCUGCAGCAUGCUGCUGCUGCAUUUAUUAAGGGGGCCUCGUCUGUGCUGCUGCUGCAGCUGCUGCUGCGUCGUGCGUUUGCUGCUGGACAGUCGCUGGAGCAACUGCAGCAGCAGCAGCAGCAGCAACAGGAGCUGCAGCAGCAGCGGCAGCAGAAGCUGUUGCAGUCGCGCUUGUCUUAUGCAGCGUCCUCUGCAGGUGUUGCGACGCAUGCAGCAGCAACUGCAGCAGCAGCAGCUGCUGCUGCAGCUGAGCAGCAGCAACAUGACCUGCUCCCUGGGUCCCUUGCAGAGCUGCUUCUCGACCUGCCGCUGCAGCAGCAACUGCAGCAACAAUUGCAGCAGCAACUGCAGCAGCAACUGCGCCAGCAGCAGUGGCCGGGGAGGACGUGGCAGCAGCAGCAGCAGCAGCAGCAAGAGGGAGGGGGCCCCUGGUGCUGCUGUCUUGAGGCUUUUCUCUAUGGUGUACGAUUGAUGGUGCAGCAGUGGGAGGCGCAGCUGCUGCUGCUGCGGCUGCAGCAACUGCAGCAACUGCAACAGGAGUGGCAGGUGGGGUAUGCAUGCGACCUGCGGCCAUCCGAGUCUACAACAGCAGCAGCAGCAGCAGGCCCUCUCCCCCCAUUGCCAUCAGCAGCAGCAACAACAACAUUUCCUGCUGCUGCUGUUAGGCCACUAACGCUGCUGUCGCUGCAGCAGCAGCUCAGUGGGGGUCUCCGCUGCUGGGAGGAGACAGCGCAUGUCUUGGAGAUGGCCCUGCAUGCAGCAGCAAACAGCAGCAGCAGCAGCGGCCGGAGGGCAGUCCCGAGUGCUGGUGCUGUAUCAGGCGCCUUGCUGCGGUUGUUGCUGCAGCGGCUGCAGCAAGCAGAGCUACGGGGCGAUUUGCUGCUGCAGCGGCUGCUGCGGUUCCUGCUGCUCUUUGCAGCACAGCCGCUGCUGCAGCACAUGGAUAGGCUGCUGUGCUGCAGCAGCGGCGCUAGUAUGCAGCAGCAGUUCUGCUGCGAUCCCCCUGCAGCAGCAGCAGCAGCAGUAGCAGGGCAGGGGUUUAGCGGGGUCUCUCGAUGCAGCAGCAGCAGCAGCAGCAGCAGAAGUUGCUGGUGGGGCGCGCUGCUGCAGUGCCUCAAUGAUGCUACUGCAACGGGAAGCUACGCAGCAGCAGCAGCAGCAAUGAGGGAAGGGCCAACUGUCCUUAAGUCUGUUAGUGGGGGGGAGUUAGAUAAGCAGCUGCAGCAGCAAGAGCUGCUGCAGCUGCUGCAGUACUGUCCCUCCACUGCAGCAGCAGCAGCAGGAGCAGCAGCAGUAGCUGGAGCAGCAGCAGGAACGGGGGGUCUUACACUAGAUAUAACAGCGGAGCUACUAGAUCUUGCUAGGGCCGAGCAGCAGCAGCAACAGCAGCACCAGCAGCAAGAUGCUGCAGCAGCAGAUGGCAACACUUGCAGCAGCAGCUGCAGCAGCAGCAGCAGCAGCAAUCAGGAGGGUGUGCUAGUUACUGAUUUCCUGCAGCAGCUAUCUGACCACUUUAGCAGCUGGCGUUCUCUACCCUGCAGCAAAAUGGAGCAGCAGCAGCAGCAGCAGCAGCAGCAGCAGCAUACUAAAUCAGCACGGGGGAAUGGCCCCACAGUACCUGCUGUUUGCGUUUCCUCUGCUGUCAGCAGCACAACAUGUCUCAGCAGCAGCAGCAGCAGCAGCAGCAGCAGCAGCGACUCCGAGGAAGAAGAUGCAUGCGCCCUCGUCCUGGCAGCAACAGGAGGAUGCAUCAUAGAGCAGCAGCAGCAGCAGCAGCAGGAAGACAAUAAGCAGGAGCAGGACAAGGAUAAUAAUAAUAAUCAGCAGCAAGAGUUGCUGCUGCCUACAACGUUGCUGCUGCAGCAGCUGCUGCUGCGCCCCCUGAAGGAAUUAAGGAGACAGGGGCAGCAGCUGCUGCUGUUGGAGACACUACAUAAGGGAUUAGCAUUAGAACAAAUUGCUGCUAUUAGGGCACUCUUCUCCUUGCAGGACGAGGCGCUGCUGCUGCCUGUGCUGCGGCUGCUGUACGAGAGGGUGCAUGCGCCCUUAGCACAUGUGGACCCGUUGCUGCUUAAUAGUCUGCUGCAGGAGGCCUUCAGCAGCAGCAGCAGCAGCAGCAAGGGACAGCAGCGACAGAAAGAGCAGCAGGUACAGGAUUGGCAUCCUCUGGGCCUCCAUGGAUUGCUGCAGCUGCCGAGUUCUGCAAAUGCCUUGACAACUGCAGCAGCAGCAGCAGCAGCAGCAGCAGCACCAAAAGCAGCAGCAGCAGCAACAACAACAGCAGCAGCAGCAGGGAGCUUCAAUGCUGGUGGUAUAGCCUGGCAGCUGCAUGCGCGCAUGCGUGCUGCCCUAACAGCUGAAGGUGCCAUAGCAGACAUAGUCAGCAGCAGCAGCAGUAACAGCAGCAGCAGCAACAGCAGCAGCAGCAGCAGCAGGUUAAUAAAUAAAGUUAUAAGAGGUCGUGCUGCAGUGUAUGCUGAUCUUUUCUCGCUGCAGCGGCAGCAAGAAGCAUUAAAGGGACUAACUGUCUCCUUAGAGGAGACACCUCCUCUUCUUAUUAAUCAACAGUCUCUCUCUCUUACAUUUGCAUGCAUGCAGUGUACAGACACCGAGCAGCUUGCUGCCUAUCACAUGCAACACUUGCUGCUGCUGCUGGCUGUCUUGUUAGUGCCACUAUCUCCCGCUGCUGCAGCAACAGCAGAGGCAGACGCAGCAGCAGCAGCUGCCGCUGCAGCAGCAGCUAGAGGUGUCGGCAGUGCAGCAGCAGCAGCAACAGCAGCAGCAGCAGGAGUCAUACCUUCAUCACCACUAAACUUUGCUGCUAAUGUUGCAGCAGCACCGCAUAUUCUUACGCUACUGCGGGCACCUAUGCAGCUGCUGCAGUUGCUGCGGCUAGCUACUGUUGCUGCAGGACUGCAGCACCAGCCGCUGCUGCUGCUGCAGCAAAACGAUCCCUUGCUGCUGGAUUUCUCAAUCCCUGCAUCGCCGCAGCAGCAGCAGCAACAGCAGCAGCAAGGAGAGGCAUACAGCACACCUGCUACCCCAAGGUUCACCGACCGUCGCCACAGCAGCAGCAGCAGCAGCAGCGAGCAGCAGCAGGUGCAGCAGCAGGUGCAGCAACUAGAUGAUUUGGGGCCCGAAGCUACUGCAGCAAUGAAGAAAUACGCUCAAGCUGCAGAAGCAAUUCGUUUUAACACCCGGCGUGCUGCUGUUGCUGUUGUGGGGCUGUUAAAGGCAGCAGCAGCAGCAGCAGCAAAUGUUGCAUGCGGCAGCGAGGAGAAUCUGCAUAUACACCGCAGAGCUGCAGCAGCUGCUGCACGUGUUGCUGAAGAGUGCUACAGCAGCAGCUGCAGCAGCGAACAGCAGCAGCAGCAGCAGCAGCAGAUGCUGCUCUCCUCAGCUCUUUGCCUUGCGAGGGACCAACCCUACAGUUUUUUAAAAGGAGGAUAUAUUGCUGCAGCAGCAGCAGAAGCAGCAGCUGCAGCAGCAGCAGCAGCAGCAGCAGCAGCAGCAGAGCUGCCUGCCCUGCCGAACAGUGGGCGCACUCCCCCUGUAGCCUGCAGCAGCAGCAGCAGCAGCAGCAGCAGCAACAGCAGCAGCAAUGGAAGCAGGAGCAGCACAAUAAGCCGCAGGAACAGCAGCAGCAGGAGUAACAGCACACAUACAGAUAAAAACAGCAACAGCAGCAACAGCAGCAGCACCAACAACAGCAACACCACCACAACACCAUCACCAGCAACAGCAGCACCAACAGCAGCAGCAGCAGCAGCAGCAGCAGCAGCAGCAGCAGGGUACCUGUAG